CACAUUGUUCUCGAUCCUCCCAUUGCUCAUAUAAAUCCGGUAAUGGGAGACCCAAACGCGCCGCCGCCACCUCCGCCGCCGCCGGCACAGGGUCUAACGCUCGUCCAGCCUUCAACCAAGAAGAAACACAAGCCGGUCAAAGUAUUCCGCGUAUUCCGGAACGUCCUCCGAUCAUUCCCAAUCAUAACAACCCCAGCGUGCAAGCUCCCCUCCCUCCCCGGCGGCCGCCUCCCCGACGGAAAAUCCUCCGGCGGAGGAUCGCGCGUGACGGGAACGCUCUUCGGGUACAGAAAGGGGCGUGUGAGCUUCUCGAUCCAGGAGAAUCCGAGGACGCUGCCGAUGCUGGUGGUGGAAAUGGCGAUUCAGACGCACGCGCUGCAGAAGGAGCUGGGGUUGGGGAUGCUGAGGAUCGCCAUGGAGUGCGAGAAGCGGCCGGACAAGGACAAGACGAAGCUGCUCGACGAGCCGGUCUGGACGAUGUUCAGCAACGGGAAGAAGAACGGCUACGGCGCCAGGAGGGAGGCGACGGAGGAGGAUCUGCACGUGAUGGAGGUGCUCAAGGCGGUGUCGAUGGGGGCCGGGGUUCUUCCGCCGUGGACGGAGGAGGCCGCGGCGGCGGAGGGUGGCGAUGGAGAGAUGGCGUACAUGAGGGGCCACUUCGAGCGUGUGGUUGGGUCCAAGGAUUCGGAGACGUUGUACAUGUUGAGCCCCGAUGGGAGCAGUGGGCCCGACUUGAGUAUUUUCUUUGUAAGAAUUUAAUCUUUAAAUUAAUAAAAUAAAAUUUA